AUGCUCACCCGCACGCUCCGCCUACCAAUUCCGCGCGCGCCGCUACCACCGCCUCUCGGGGCUGACCGCUUUGCGCCUGCGCGAGCCGAGGCACGAAGCGCGGAGGGAUCGGACGGUGGGAGAAAGAAAGGCGGCCGAGAUGGUGGGAGUGGAGAAAUUGCGGCGCCGUCUCUGUCCAAUCAGCGGACAACACGUGCGAAUGGGGGAGAGAACGGCGGAGGGCGGAAGAGCCGGAGUGGCAGAAGGGAGAGCGGAAAGUCGGCGGCGGAGGAAGCGGAGAGCGCUGCUGGCAGCAGCGGGGCCGUGACGGACUCAAUGCGGCGCAACGCGCUGGCGACGGCGGACGCGCUGCGCAGCAAGAGCCGGCGCGCCAAGAGAUGGCUCGGACAGGUGCGGCGGGGGGAGCAGGGGAGGCGUGGGGGGGAGCAGGCGAGGUGGGAAGCGGGGGAAAGGGCGUGCAUGGCGGGAGAGGCAGUGCAUGGCGGGUUACAAGCGGUGAUGGCAUGGCAUGUGCGGGGAGAGUGUGAGCAGUGUGGUGGGGCCUGGCGGAGGCAGUGUGCCCCACCCGUCACCCCCCCACCCCCCCACCCCGCCCUUUCCCCCUCCCCCCUCCCCCCUCUCCCCCCUCCUCCCUCCCCCCUCCGCCCUUCCCCCCGGCAGAAAUAUCUGCACUAUCUGCUGCGGGACGACAUCAGCGCGGCCACGGUGGCGGCAGCGGGAGUGGUGGCGGGCGACGUGGUGGUGGAGGUGGGGCCGGGCACGGGCGCUCUCACCGCCGCACUCGUGGCUGCCGGGGCGCAUGUGAUUGCUGUGGAGAAGGUGCGAGGGGAGGAGAAGGUGCGAGGGGAGGAGAAGGGGAGUGAGAGGCGGGGAGGCGGGGAGGCGGGGAGAAGGGUGGUCAUUCCACUCCUUCGUCUCUCUGCUGCUCGUCCCCACAUCUCCCCCCACCGCCGAUUCUCUCUCCCUCCUCAACUGCUUGUGUUCUCCCUGCCAUCAUUCAUCUCCCUGCCAUCGUUCAUCUCCCUUCCAUCGUUCAUCUCCCUGCCAUCGUUCAUCUCCCUGCCAUCAUUCAUCUCCCUGCCAUCAUUCAUCUCCCUGCCAUCAUUCAUCUCCCUGCCAUCAUUCAUCUCCCUGCCAUCAUUCAUCUCCCUGCCAUCAUUCAUCUCCCUGCCAUCAUUCAUCUCCCUGCCAUCAUUCAUCUCCCUCCCAUCGUUCAUCUCCCUGCCAUCAUUCAUCUCCCUGCCAUCAUUCGUCUCCCUGCCAUCAUUCAUCUCCCUGCCAUCAUUCAUCUCCCUGCCAUCAUUCAUCUCCCUGCCAUCAUUCAUCUCCCUGCCAUCAUUCAUCUCCCUGCCAUCAUUCAUCUCCCUCCCAUCGUUCAUCUCCCUCCCAUCGCUGCCAUGUUUUCAUUUGCCCUGUCAAGUCGCUUCGCUUGCCCCAUGUGUCUCUGACAUUCCUCAUGCCCAUCACAUCCACCCACCGCACUGCACCGCUCAGGACCCUGACAUGGUGCAGCUGGUGCGGGAGCGCUUCGCCCAGUGCCCACAAGUCGAGCGUGGGGUGGCUGGCGGUAUUGUGUGCCGUGGGGUGACCUGGCCGUGUGAUGCUGCUCUGCACCUUGCUACCCACCAAUGGCUGGGCUGGUUGCUUGCCGGCCAGAGCUGGAGUGCAUGUGUCACGAGGGGGGGAGCUGGGGAGGUGCACUCACCCACCCACCUCAGGCUCACGCCUCCUGACCGGCAGCAGGUGCCCGGCAGCUAUGGGCCAUGGGUCAGCCGCUGGUUGCAGCGAUGGGCCAUGGGUCAGCCGCUGGUUGCAGCGAUGGGCCAUGGGUCAGCCGCUGGUUGCAGCGAUGGGCCAUGGAUAUCAUGUGUUGUGUUGGGCUGUGUUGGCCUCGCAUGUGUCGUGCCCAGCUGCUUUAUGUGCCUCCCCUUGCCAUCGCUCAUCCCUUUGGCCUGCACUGCUUGCCCUGUGCUCGUCCCUCUCCUUGCCCACCCUCGUCCUCUCCUCUUGUCUGCAUGCCCUGUGCCACGCCCACCACGCCAGGUGGUGCACGCGGACAUCCUCAAGUGGCCCGUGCACGCCUUCCUGCCUGCUCGCCUGCACCGCCUCACAGGCACGGCAGGGGGUGACGCACAGACGCUGGGAGGGGCGGAGGGAAGGGCAGCACAAGGCCAAGGGGCGUUGGCGAGUGGCGGGGCAGAAGCACGCACGAGUGGGAUGGAGGGUGUGGUGGGCGAACCGCCGGUGCCUCUUGCUGCUGCAUGCCCUGCUGCGGCUCCCACAGCUGACGCUGCGGCGAGCAGAGGCAGCGAGGGGAGUGGAGGCAGCAGUGCCGUGCGCGCCAAGGUGGACCCAGUUUACACCUUCAACAUCACCACUGCCUUCCCCUUUAAUGCCCCGCCUUACGUGUCUCUCCCCCAGGUGGUGACGAACCUGCCCUUCAACAUCACCACGGACUUCCUGCGCCUCUUCCUGCCCCUUGGCCACCUCGUCUCCACCGUCGUCUGCAUGCUGCAGGAUGACGCGGCACAGCGGCUGGUGGAUGCCACACCGGCAGCGUCGCAGUACCGACCGAUGAGUGUGUUGGUGCAGUACUAUGCGGAUCCCACCUAUCAGUUCUUCGUCAGCCGUCGCAGCUUCCUACCCCCACCCAAUGUUGAUGCAGCAGUCGUGUCAUUCGCCCUCAAGCCACCAAUGGAACGAGUCCACGUGGCAUCGCCCACCCAGUUCUUCCACAUGGUGAACAGGGCGUUCCAGGCGAAGCGCAAGAUGCUGCGGGCGUCGCUGCAGCCGUCCUACUCGUCACAGCAGGUGUCCGCUGCUCUGGAGGCGCUCUCGCUGCCCGCCACU